CUCGUGGCUCCCCUUUGAUUGCCUGCAGUGACCAUGCCCAGGCCAGGCCCGCCACAGGACACGGGACAAGGCCUGGGAGGUCUCGACACAGCACAAACAAAGUGGGGGUGUCGCCUGGUUUUCCACUGCUCCGGGGCUCGGCACGCUCUCAUCUGUGCUAACUGUCCAUCACGAGGCAGGGCAGAGCUUCUGGAACAUCUGCCUGCUGUGCAGCAGGAGGCCCACUGCCGGCCCUGCUCUGCCAGCCCCGCCACGGGUGCUGGGAUAAGGCAGCUCCUCCACACCGUUUUCCUUCUCAACCAGUUAGCUGGGCCUGAUUGUCCCGUUCCCCAGCCAGGUGUGACCUGUCCGGAAAGCUCAGGGCUCUCCUCCCGGAGGCUGCCAGUCCUCUGCUUGUGGCUGGUCCCUCACUGCCACGAGAGUGCACGGGCUCAGGCUCGGGGCUCAAGCCCUUGCUGGGCCCACUGCCGACCCCUGGGGCCCCCCGGGGCCCGCGGUGAAGACCUGACCUGGCCAAGGCCUCCUACCACCGGCGCUCCCUUCCCCCCAUCCCUCUCCUGGCCCAAGCCUUUUUCCGUUUCAACCCCUCCUGCAGCUGGUGACGUCCUGGGCUGCGUUCUGAGGACUGAGGGCUCCCAGGCCUGUCCCGGGGCAGCGCAUCCGAAGCUGCUCAUCCCAGUCCAGGGUCUCCAGCAGGAGCCGGUGAAGCCGGGGCCCAGCGCAGAGGCCAGGGCAGGCUUUGCAAACUCAUCGUAGUAAAAUGCAGAUUCUGACUUGGUGGGUCUGGAUAGGCCCAAGCCUGCAUCUGUAACAACCCCCCCCCCCCCACCCCGAGGUGACACUGCUGGGCCCCGGGCCUCACUUUGAGCAUCGAGGGCUGGAGCUCAUUGCUUGGUAGGGGCUUAGUGGGGGUCUACGGACUCACAGUCAUGGAUGAACGAAUGCACACACCUCUUACCUAAGAACCAAAGAGCAAUGAGCCAGCAGGCCUGGGUCACCCCUCGCAAUGAAGGACCGUCACAGAGAC